AUGGGGUCCUUGGGCAGUCGGAUCCUGAGAUGCAGAGAAUCAGCCGUAGCUGAUCCGCAUCAGUCAGAAGCCCAAGCAGGCCCCAGCUAUGUAUCUGGCAGCCGUAAACGCAAGCGGAGCCGACCAUCCAUGGGCCCAGAGUCUGAGGACAGCCGCAGGUCUCUAGAUCAGGAAGAGAAUCCACAGCAAGUUGUCGCACCAAACCAUGGUAAAAAAGUUAAGAUCACAUCUGAGUAUGCUUAUCAAACUUUAUUUUUGAAUGGGGAAACCAGUGACGUUAAAAUCCGUGCUCUGGGGAAAGUAUGGUGCUUACACAAGAUGUUUUUAUGUCAGUCAGGCUACUUUGCCAUUAUGUUUAGAGGUUCUUGGGAAGGCUCUCACAGCGAUAUUAUUGACCUGGAGAUUAAUGACCAGAAUAUAGAUGCAGAAUCCCUGCACUUUGUACUAGGCUCAUUGUACAGGGACGAAUAUGUCAUAAGGGAGCCCCUUCAGGUUCUAGGAGUUUUGGCAACAGCAUGCCUGCUUCAAGUAGAAGACUUAAUUUGGCAAUGUGAAGAGACCAUGAACGAAACGAUUAAUGUGAAAACUGUUUGUGGCUAUUAUGCUGCAGCAGAAACCUACGGUUUAGAGUCGGUAAAGACAGGGUGCUUUGAAUGGCUUCUCCACAAUUUGAUGACACAUCCAAGUGUUGAACUUUACAAAGAACUCAGAAUAGAUCUCAUGAGUCUGCUCAUUUCUUCUUCUAAUUUAUUAGUAAUGCAAAAGGAAAUAGAUGUCUACACCACACUUAAAGAGUGGAUGUUCCUUCGUCUUAACCCAGCUUGGAAAGGAUCAAUGAAAGAGCUUUUAGUUAAUGCGAAUGACUGGUUUUCCAGGCGCAGAGAAUGUGUUGGUCACAUUGCCUUCCUUGAAACCGAACGAGGCAUAGCAUUUCAAUCAGUUUUUAAAAAUUUGAGGUUUCAGCAUAUCACCUGUGACCUGGCCUCCGCAAGAGUUAUUGAGCAAGAUGCUCUGAUACCUUCAGAAUGGUUAUCACAUGUUUAUAAACAGCAAUGGUUUACCUUGCUUAGAGCACAACAAUGCGGGGAAAUUGGGCCCCGAUACAUCAAUGGAACAGAACUUGAAGAACAUAGCAUGAGAUGCGGUAAAAUGAUUGUCAAGGAUGGAAAAUACUCCUGGAAGUGGUCAGGUUUCAAUUUUGGCUUUCCUUUACAUGUCAUCUUCACCAGCCAUUAUGUAAUUUUCAAGCAAAAUACUUUCCCUCAGCCCUGUGAUGGUUCAGAUUGUUUACAGCCUCGAAGAAAUGUUGCAUUCCGAUUAACGUUGCUAUAUUUCAAUUCUAGUGGAGAAAUAAGUUUCCGCAAAACAACUGGAUAUAAAAUCCUUACCUUUCAAAUGGAUGAGGAACAAAUGGUAAUGAAGUUGGAUAGCAGAGCUCUGAGAUUCCCUUUAUACAUAUUCUGUAACUUCCUGUUUAUGUCAUUAGAAAAUCCAGGAAAUUGA